UUCGAGCACGUCAUGCUACGGAAGUGCAGACUUGCCGAAACAGUGUGGGCCCUAGCAGGCUAUACUUAGCUAUAACAAAAGUACACUUUAACAUUUAGGCAUUAUAUGUAGAUAACUGACAUUUAACGAAAAAUGGGAGCAAACAACAGUACCCGGCGCGUGUCAUUUGAGUCGGACGAGAAUGAAAAUGUAUCGGUGGUGAAGGGCAUACGGCUUUCUGAGAAUGUCAUCAACCGUAUGAGGGAACCUGAAGCUCCACCUAAAGCUCCACCUAAAGUCCUGCCUGCUCCCUCUUCACCACCUUCUAUGACACCUACCAUCACUCCUUCUCCUUUCAUACGUCCAGUGCCUCCCAUCUUUGACCAUAUCACCCCAUUGCCUCCUCUCCCUUCCCUUGUAGAACCUGUUGCACCUCCUCCAGCUCCAUCUACCACAGAGACUGUGGCUGCACCUACACCUCCUCCACCUCCUGCUAAAACACCUACAGAACAGACAGCUGAGCCAUUCGCUGCACCUCCUCUGCCUGAGUUUACUGCUCCUUGUGAACCAGUUGCACCUCCUCCUCAGCCCCCAGUGGAGCCAGCAUCUCUUGUGCCUGAGCCAGUGGUAGUACCUGAGGUGAUCUCAAUCCCACCACCUCCUGCUGCUGCUGCACCACCCGUUGAUGAAGUGGCCCUGAGGAAAACCAUCACUGAUGAGCUGCACAAAGACAUGGAGCAGGAUCGGGCCAAAGCAGAGCAAGAGCUGCAAGCCUGGUUAGACACAAACACAGAGACACACAAACACAUGCACUGUUUUGCUGUGGAAUGCUCACUUAUUGUCUGUUCAGAGCAGUAA